GUUUGAGAACAACAUUUGUUGUGAAGAUCGGAAGCGGAUGUUCAAUCGGUUGGCGGCAUGGCUCGUGCCUUCCGCAGCACCUGACGACGAGCAUGCGAAGAAGCGCUUCGACAUACUGGCGCAACUGAAGAAAGCUGUCAUGGAGGUGUGCAACUGGUAUGAAGAGAAGAACAAGCUCGAGUUCCAAGGCAAGCGUCCGCUGGAGGAGGAAGACAUUGGCAUGCACGACCUCUUGUGGUCCAUCCAGGGCUGUCUACAGCAUGGCCUCCGCGAAGACCUUACGGCGUCACCGUCGGCGUGGCUGCUCUUGCACUUUAUCAAAACCACGUUGACCGAGCCCUCGAACCCCAUCGGUCAAGCCAUCGACGAAGCGUCCAAGGAAUCUUCGACGGAUGCGGGACGUAUUCGGUACUGGAUUCGCCACGCGCUCAACCAGUCGCUCGUCGAGCCCACGCUCGCUCUGGCACUCCUGGCAUCCAACGAGCAGUUCCUGCGGGCCACGUACGACGACAACGCUCUCUUGCGAUGCCAGGAAGGCACGACGAUCAUGACGCAACUGCUGUCGUACCUCAAGGAACUGGCGUUCAAUGUGCACGUGUCGGACCGCGAGUUUUCCCGACGCCGGACCAGCCUCCCAACCUUGUCGGGGGGCCUCCUGCCGCCUCCAACUUCUGCUUCUCCUCUUCCCGAGUCCCGCGUCGACGUCGUGUUUGAACACAUCGAUUCGUUCGUGAACGACGUCGCAGCCCAAGCUGACGAGUUUCUGACCACCCGUGCCCGCUCGCUGUCGGACCGGGAAAAGGGCAUCAAGCCAUGGCAGCACGCGUUCAACGUGGAGCUGUCGUUCCUGGUCAAGAACCCGUAUCACACACGCUAUGCGUUCAUUCAUUCGCAUUUGGCCGUGCCCAACUUCCUCGUCGAGUGCCUGGCGUUCUUGAAGAUGCACGCGGCGACCCCGCGACUGUUUCGAACGACCGUGUCGCAGGUGUACGUGGCCCCCGUGAAGGACUACAUUGAAUCGCAUGGCAAGAUGCCGCCGUCGGGUGUGGAUCCACAUGUGGCGUCGGCGGUCCUCCUCGACUUCCUCCGUCAUCUUCCCGAGCCCUUGGUCACUUCCGACAAGUUCGACGCUUUCGUUGCGUCUAGUCGCAUGGCCAACGAAGCGGAUGGCGUGCGCAACCUCACAUGUCUCGUGGCCGACUUGCCCGUCGAGUACAAGGUUACGAUGGAAGUGGUGUUUGGGGCGUUGGCAGAGGUGCUGAACCAUGCUGAAGAGAAUGGACUGACUAUCGUGGGUCUGUCCAUCGCCCUCGCACCGGCCAUCGUACGCAAGCGAGACAUGACCAAGAUGCAGACGCAGGACGUCCGCAUGGCGGCGAUCGGCGCGCACGUGGUGGAACUGCUGCUUCUGCACCACACGUCCAUCUUUCAAGAAGUGCGCGACCAAAUUGCCAACGCCCACGAGGAGUUUCAACGCAAACAAGAGUUUCUCCAGACGUUUCCGGCCAUGCUCAAGCAACCCGUAAUGACGGAUGACGCGGCGGCGCUGGGGCUGGUGCUGGCCGCGUACCAGCGCCAAGUGGACCACGUGGACCAGCAACUCCAGUCGAGUGCCAGCAACGAUCACUCGACCCACGUCGUGUUUGUGGACGAUGACGUGGCACUGUGGCAGAGCUUUGGCUUUCGCGAGUCGUCGAUUGCAGCGAAUUUCACGGCCGGGGGCCAGCUAUUGCUCCAAUGCGUGGCGUAUUUCAUCCGCACCGAUGCCACGGCAUGCCAGCUGUUGGCCGACCGCGUGCACGAGUACAACAUGGGCGAAGCAUUGGCGGCGCUGGCGCUGGUGCUGCUGAACGUGCUCAAGCUGGCGCCGACCCCCGACCAACCAGUGCUGGAUUUUACCCUGCUGUCGAUGGAGCCAUUCUGGGACGUGUUUGGCGACCCGGUGUUCUUUACCAAGUUGUUCGCGUUGGCUGUGCGCGUGUUCGAUUACAACUGGAGCAUGAGCGGGCGCCCCGAGUUUGGGCGCAUAUUGGAGGAAACCGAGGCGCAGAUGACGUGGCUGCUCCAGCGGUCGCCCAGCUCUGUGGAGGAGUUGGUGGACGACUGGCUUUUGUAUCGCAAACAGCAGACACAGGCAACCGUCGACCAAACUCCCAACGAUGCUGUGAAUAUGGCGACCAAAUUGAUUGGCAAGUCGGGGAUCUUGACCGAUGCAUUUGUCGCCGAGUUGGACUCGGUGCUGCCGAUCACGUGUCAGUUGUGUCAGUGGAAGCUCCUGUUUAGCAACGAAGUGCAUGGAAGCUCUCUCACGUCGUUGCUAACGUUGUGCAAAGGCCAGAGCCCGACGUUGCUUUUGCUCAAGGAAGACCACGGCACUGUGUUUGGCGGGUUUGCGUCGGACAUGUGGCAGUUGUCGGGCAACUACCACGGCAACGGGUCGAGCUUUCUGUUUCGGUUUACACCUCUGGGGAAACUGGAUGCAUUUACGUGGAGCCGCAAGAACAAUUACUUUCAACUGUGCUCGGACGAGUCACUGGUUAUGGGCGGCGGCAACGCGUUUGGCUUGUACUUGGAUGCGGAUUUGGUGCACGGGACGACGGGCAAGUGCGACACAUUUGGGUCCAACCCGCUCGUGCCGGGCGAAACCUUCUCGUGUACGCACGUCGAAGUGUGGGGCUUUACGCUGGACGGGUGCUAAUAGUAUUAAACACAACUUUGCAUAUAGUAACUACAUAUAUUGGCGUGAAUUCUGGUCCAAAGAGGUGCGGGAGUAUUAGGAAGUGUCACUUUACAGUAUAUAUUCAUAUGAUGGGCAUCAUCACCGUUGGCCAGUAUAAAAAAUCAUUUAAAAAAUACAAAAACGUAGUACUAAAAGUAUCGAUCGAUGGAUUUGGCAAAUCCGCACAAAAUGUCCAAAUUUUGGCCGAA